AGAGGAAGUGAAGGGUGAAAAGGAUGCUGGGAAGGAUGGCAAGGUUACAAAGAGGAAAUUCCCAGAGGGACCAAUGGGAAAGCAGAACGUCCACGCUUCAUGUUCAACAUUGCUGAUGGCGGAUUCACCGAGCUGCACGCCCUGUGGCAGAACGAGGAGCGGGCAGCGAUAUCCUCAGGGAAGGUGAAUGAGAUCUGGCACCGAAGGCAUGACUAUUGGCUGCUGGCAGCAUCUCAUGGAUACGCUCGCUGGCAGGACAUACAGAAUGACGUGCAGUUUGCCAUCGUCAAUGAGCCAUUCAAGACCCCAAGCAAACAAGGCAACUUCCUGGAGAUGAAGAACAAGUUCCUGGCUCGCCGUUUCAAGCUGUUGGAGCAGGCAUUGGUGAUCGAGGAGCAGCUGCGCCGGGCGGCCUACCUGAACAUGACGCAGGACCCCACCCACCCCGCCAUGGCCCUGAACGCCCGAUUCGCGGAGGUGGAGUGCCUGGCGGAGUCACACCAACACCUGAGCAAGGAGUCUCUGGCCGGGAACAAGCCUGCCAACGCUGUCCUACACAAAGUGUUGAACCAGCUGGAGGAGCUGCUGAGCGAUAUGAAGGCAGAUGUGACACGGCUACCUGCCACACUGUCCCGAAUCCCGCCCAUUGCUGCCCGCCUUCAGAUGUCUGAGAGGAGCAUCCUUAGCAGGCUGGCCAACAAGGGGAAUGAGGCCCACGCACCCCCGCCCAUUCCCCUGGGACCAUAUGCCACACCACACAAUUUUGGGGCACCCUUUACCCCUGCCCCACCAGGCGCCAUGUCUCUGGGGGGAACAAACUACAGCCACAUGCCCCCUGGGUCCUUCAUAUCAGCUGUGCUGAACGGCACCCCCAUGGGGAUGAAGAAGGAGAGGGAGGGAGAAUUUCUGCUGGAAAGGAGGGAGCAGAGGAGUGGAGAGGUGAUCUGCAUUGAUGACUGAGUCCAGGUCCCUCACUCAAAGACACAUACACAAACAGACUCACACACACACACACACGCCCUCACGCACACAACUAACCGCCACCGUCACUGUCACACAACGCACUCCUGACAUGCAGUACAGACACAAAACCUUUUCACUCAUGAACUGCAGAUCUUGGCAGCUGCAAGAAGGCCUAUGCUUUAAACAAAACCCAGGUCUCCCUGGAGCAGCCGACCCUGGUACUCAAAUCAAUCAGAGAGAUCUCAGUGUAGGCUCCACACAGACAAGAUGAUCAAUCGCUGUACAGAUACAACACUUACAUAAUAAAGUUAGCAGCCUAGUUUGACUGCUUCACCACUCACAACUUUGGGGGAAGAGACCCCAGUCAGGUGAAAAACACACCCAUACACAGUAAUAUGUUAAACAAUGGUUUACAUGAAUAAUGUCAGCAUGCAUUGAUGUAGUCCUUCAAAACUUGGUUUCAUUCUUAAUUCUAACAUGAAGACUUUCACUGUUUCAUAGCUAACAUGUUUAAUCUUAAACACAAUCUUGCAACCAACGGUACUCUUUGGUACUCCCAUCCCUCCCCACCAGAUCUUAACUGGAUUGGAAAUAAACUCCCUUAUGUUUAGGUUUAUAGAAGUUGUUUAUUUAAUGGUACAUGUAAGAAUACAACCAUUCCUGGACUUGCUUAUACCUGUAAAAUAUUUUGUAUCAUUUAUUUCUCUAAACAGCCGCAAAAAACUCAAUAAUUGUACAUUUUCUGCAGAACAAACACACACAUUCACUUUGUGAAAAGACCGCUUCCAUAUUGCAUGAAUAGUGUACCUUAUUCCUACUUCUAGCACCUCCUACGAUUCCAUUACAGUUUUUUCAAAAUCUGGUGCAAACCAGGAAACCAGUCUCUCCAAAAACAAAUACAUUUCGGGAUUGUCCAGGAUUACACAGAAAUUACUGCAUACAGCAAUUGUAUCCUUUAAAAUAAGAUUGCUUUUUCUUAACGUGCUGCUUGGUUUUGAGAAACAUGAGGGCACUUCUCUGUCCAGAUUUCCUGCAUGCUAGAAGUAAAGAGCAACUUUGUCACUCUUUACAACAAAUAUUACCACAUAUAGGUAAGGUGACGAGUGUGCAUGGAUAAUCAAAUGCAUAUUUGCAUUCUGUCCACUGAUAAUCACUGCUUUUUUCCAUAUCCUCCUACAGCCAAGCAAUUAUUAUUUGUCCCUUCUACAGGACCUGAGUCUCUGGUCUUCUCUAGCGAGAACCAUAUAUUUCCUGUGCUGAAAUCUAAACUGUAAUGGACAUUCAAUCGAAAUGAAAUAAAUUGACUGUACCAUCCAGUAUUGUCAGAAAAUGAAAGUACUUCUUUCUGCUGAGUCUCAGGAGGAUAUGUGAUGAGACAGGGAGUGUCGGUGGGUGGGUGGAGUGCAUCCAGAACCUUCUUUUCCAGGUUCUGGGUACACGCGCAUCUCUGUGACAUUUCAAGGCCUGUCAGUUCUUCCCUCAGACUUGUCAUUGCAGACAACCCACUUUACACUUGUGUUACUCAAAAAAUAGUGAAAGCGGGGCUAUAUGAAAAAAUCCCCAAUUUUAGUUGCCCUCUAAAUGAACCAGGAUUGCUAUUGAGGUUUUUUGUUCCCCUGCUGAGAGGACCUGAAACACAUUCUCCUAAUUCUGAGUCUGCUCACCGGUGCCACCUUGUGGCAGUGGAGCAGAUUACCUGCCUGCAGUGACCCGUUGGCGCUGGUUAUUUUUAACAUUAGGCUGCACCGUAGUCUGCUGAGGCCACGCAGUGGAAACAAAGCAUCACUGUACAGAGGACACAUCCACAUGGUCAACACUGAAGACCCUGGUCUCACAUGCCUCUUCACUGCAGUUCUGUUCUGACGCAUGUACACUAAAUCGGUCGUGAGCUCAUGGGGAAAUAUAUUGUGUAAACAACUGUGCAUCCUUUAUUGAAUACUGCUGUUUUUUUCUGAGGCUCCCUAAAGAUUCAUCCUUAGUUCCUGUAAAAGAUUUCAUUUUUGGUUUAAGGCUUGUGGGAGAGGUGCUCUAAUCUGAUUUAUGAUGUGUGUACUGGUACCUCCAAUCUUAUCCCAAUUAAGUGGAAUAUUUUUUUACUGUAAGCCACAAUAGUCUAGAACCCAUGGUUCUGGUCCUAUGGUUCUUGUUUUCACUCAGCACUGAAUUGAUCCAUUAAAGCAGCUGAUUUUAGGUAACUCAUUUGCUUUCUUGGAAAUUUAAGUUAAAAUUUAAGUGAAAACAAAAACAAGCAGAUCCUGUGCCCAUCCAGAACUAGGGUUGCAGACUUGUGUGGCCUGUUCGACAAAGCAGGAUUACUGAGUUAGCUGGAUAGCUGCAGUGUGUAAAACCAGGAACCCUUUCAAAUCCAGAACAUGGACUGAAGUAAAAAGAGCUGUUCUGGGUUUUACUGUGUGCAGUUAUCCGGCUAGCUCAGUAAUUCUGCUUCGUGAAACAGACCACUGGUCUACAAAAUACAUGGAUGUUUGACAAUUAGGGCUGUCAAAGCUUAAAUGCUUCUUUAAAAUGUUUGACACAUUCAGUCUUUUCAUGCAAUCCUCAUUUUCAAAAGCAUGCAUGUUUUGCGUGUUCUCCAUAGGAAGAUAUCUGAGCCUGUGGGAGAAAUUUUUAAAUCACAUUGUUUUGCAUUUACUUUCUAAUACUUUUGAGUUCCUCUGCAACACUUUUGCAUUCCCCUGAUGUAGUGCAGCAUCACACCAGGGCUCAGCACCAAACCUGGGAAUCAUUUUAUCAAGACAGCUGUAAUGGGUGCUUUGGUCAAAGGAACUUUCUCAAAGGAAAGCGUAUUCCAGCCUGGAGGAGCUAACUCUACCCCAGUACCAUUGUAAUGGCAUACUAUUAACAGUUAGCUAUUAAAAUAGCUGCAGAAGUUAUAUGACUUGGCAAAGUUUAUUUCCUUCAUAUUCAUUAUUACAUACCAUAUGCACUAAAUAUUAAAGACAAAAGUGGGAAGUAAUUCCAUUAUUUAAUGUCUUUAUUCCUAAAGUGCUGCAGAAAUGAAAAAAUAUGACAUUCAAUUCCAGUAAUUAUUUUAAAACUAUUCUUUGAUUUUGUUAUACUUAUUUCAUUGUAUAAAAACAACGAAGACAGACAAAAUCAAAACCCAUUUUGCAAGCUCCCACCUUCAGCCUGUGCACCAUCAUUUUCAGGCCACACCUUUUCUUGAGUCUGCUAUAUUCCAGCCACAACCAGCAAAACUCCAGUCUGGCUUUUUUGAAUUGCAUGUGGCCUGGCAGUUUACUGAAUGUAUGGGUGUAUUACUUAUUUGAAUUCUACUUAUUCUUUGUUUUCUUUGUAGUAUUUUAAAAUGGAAUGCGCUUUAAUAAGGUUUUAACUUGAGGAAAUUAAAAACAUUAAAUUACAAUUAAUCACAGAAAACUACCAUCAAGCACUUUUUUUAUUGUUUGACAGCCCUAAUGAAAAUACAAUAACACACAGGAGGACAGUGGUUUUAGUCAAAAAUGUUGAAUGAGGUUUUGUUGAGAGGCCCUAUUGCUUGUGACUGAGUAAAAACUGGUAUUUUGGUUCGGGGCAGUUCAACAACUCUAAACUUACAGUUUUACUUAAGAUGCUGCUUUAGAACAUGCUGAUAUUUACUUUAAAACUUUUUUUAAAAGUAAUUAUUAUUUUCCCUACAACCUUCCAUCAGUUUUCUAAUAAGCUGAUUCUACCACUCCACUAUCACCCCCUCAACCUUCUCUUUCUCAUCAGCUCAGAUUAUUAAUCAUUUUAUGAAUUCUGUGACAUUCUUUGCUAAUUUAAGCCUGGUUUGUUGUGCUUUCUUGCAUUUUCUACAUUUUAUUGCAACAAAAAUUCCAAAAGUUGAUAGUUAAACAAUAUUAAUAGAAUUGGUAUGGAUUUACUGAGACAAGUUCUCCAAGUAAAUUAACACUUCAAUUGAAUACAUUUUCUAGAUUUGGGGCUUGUGAGUUAAUAUAUAGGAGAACGAACCCCCGUGUAAUCAAACAGUGAUCAACUGGGUUCACUCCAUGCUGGACACAUCUACUGCAAAUUUCUUUUUAGAUGAAAUCUGUUUCUGUGUUGGGGUAUUUACAUUAAUUCAGUAGAAAGAUUGUGACAGGGUGAAUGCGUAUUAAUGUCAGUUUGCUUUUAAACCCUAUGCCAGUAUUUCAUAGUGGAAUUAACUAAAUCUUUUGUACCCUGAGAAUUAUUCAACCGAGAUGGUAUUGAUGAAUUAGGAGGUAUUUAACUGUCAUUUUGCUCAUCAAGCAUUCAAAAGCUAUCAUUUCAAGUGUUCUGCCUGAAAUAAUUUGGCAGCACUUUUCAUGUGUUUUUGCAAGCUCCACACUAGAGUAACUUGUCAAAUGAAGCACUUUUUAAAAAAUGUUCUCAAGUGUGUCCUCCUCCCUCUUCAUUUUUUAUUUGUUGAUAUCAGUCACUGUGAGCGUUGUGGUGUAGAACAAUCAAGUGACAGUGAAACGUCUAUAAUGAGUCUCUUUUUCUGUUUGUAAUAAAAUCAACAUAAAUGAACAAA